AUGGCUUAUGAAGCUCUUGAUAACCUGCAGCAAACCUUAGAUCAGAUCCUAGAAUACCAUGACGAUCUCGUCACUCAUUCUGUAAAACAAGAAAUUUUAUCCAUCAACGUCCAAGCUGCUGUCUUGCAGUUGAAUCUCAAACAUUAUCCAAACAAAGAAAAAAUCAGAGAGGUAGCGAAUACAGCAUAUGAGAUUAUCCAAUAUUUCUUUUUUGGAGAAUAUCUUUCAGAUUGCGGAUCGACAGAGCCAACGGUCAUAGUUGCAAACAAGCUGAGGGAACUAGCACAGAGACUGGAAUCAACUGUUGGAGAUGUGGUGGAUUACAUCAAGGGAAACGACCCAAUCAGCACUGUAACUGAUUCUCAUGAUGUUAGUUCAUCAUCAAGAUCAGCAAUCACAAGCAGCAAAGAUGACAUUGUUGUUGGUUUUGAAGAAGAUGUGAAAGUGAUCAAGGAUCGUCUUUGCAAGGGAUCAUCCAGACUACAAGUCCUCCCAAUUGUUGGAACAGGAGGCAUUGCUUCCAUGAAAGAAAUUUCAGAUGCCAAGAGCGACAUCCCUAUGGAAAACUUAAUUUACGAGUAUCUAAAAUGUCGGAGGUAUCUUAUUGUUAUGGACGACAUGUGGAGCAAGAAAGCUUGGGAUGAUGUCAAGAUGUUGUUUCCUGAUGCGGGAAAUAGCAGUGGGAUAAUAGUCACCACAAGGCUGCAGGAUGUGGCUGCUUAUAGCUGGAAUUUGCUAAAGCGGAAGGUGUUCGGAUAUAACGACAUUCCUAGUGAAUUGGAAGACAGUGGGUUCAAAAUUGCUAAAAAUUGUGGAGGGUUGCCCCUUUCACUCGUGAUGGCGGCUGGACUUCUAUCUAAGAUUCCGAUUCAUAAUCGAGACUCAUGGAAGCAAAUUGCUGCAGACAGCGGGCAGCUUGAAACAAUAAUUUGUUUGAGCUAUACCCAUUUACCUAGUCACUCGAAGCCAUGUCUUUUAUAUAUGGCCGACUUUCCAGAAGAUUAUGAGAUUCGUGUCUCAGAACUUAUUCACCUUUGGAUAUGUGAAGGUUUUGUAGCACUUUUAAAUGGAUCUAAAAGUUUGGAAGAGGAGGCAGAAGAUUGUAUCGAGGAUCUUGUCGAAAGAAGUUUAGUUUUGGUCACCAACACGAAGUCUAUUGGGAAAAUAAAGAGUUGCAGCCUUCUUAACAGGACAUUUCGUUUGGGACGGAGGGAGUACCAAUAA